AUGGGGGGGAUCACUUUGUGGGAGACGGUUUUGGUGAUUGGAAGAAUGCUCAAAGAAGCAUCGGAAAGUAUCAAAGUUGUUGAUUAUGAAUUGUUGGAAACGGAUCCGGGAAUUAGGCCUCCAAUUUCAAGCUAUCAUCCCGACAUCCAAAAUGAGGUAAGGAAAGCUUAUUUAAAAAUAGGUCGUCAUCAACCUCCUCACAAUUUCGUUUACCCUUGGUCUAUUCAAGGUAAACAAAAGCGUCGAUUUUGCAAAAAUUGGUUUGAUUUGUAUGAUUGGAUUGAUUAUAGUGAAUCUAAGGACCUAGUGUUUUGUUUGCCAUGUUUUUUGUUUAAAAAUGUUUCUAAGUAUGGGGGGGAUCACUUUGUGGGAGACGGUUUUGGUGAUUGGAAGAAUGCUCAAAGGUUGGCUAAUCAUGCUACUUCUUCCAAUAGUCAUGUUGAUUGUGUGCAUAUGGGUUAUGCUCUCAUGAAUCCAAACCAAAGUAUUAAGGCCUCGUUUGUUAAUCAAACUAAGCAAAUGAAUGCCGAAUACCGUGUUCGUGUAAACACAUCCCUUGUAGCUACUAAGUUUCUUUUGAGGUGUGGCAUGCCAUUUAGAGGGAGUGAUGAGUCUCUUAACUCUUUAUUUAAGGGGCCAUUUCUUGAGUUGGUGGAUACUUUAAAGGAAAUCAACCCGGAGAUAGCUAGUGUAAUUAAUUGUGCUCCGGGAAAUAACCUUAUGACUUCCCCUAAGAUUCAAAAGGAUCUUGCCGCUGCUUGUGCAUGUGAAAUAACUCAACAAAUUAUAUGUGAUAUUGCGGAUGAUGUGUUUUGUGUUUUGAUUGAUGAAUCUGGUGAUGUUGCUGGUAAAGAACAAAUGGCUGUUGUUAUUCGCUAUGUUAAUAAUGAAGGUUUGGUAAAAGAAAGGUUUCUUGGAAUUGUAAGUGUUAAAGAAACAAGUGCUAAGUCACUUAAGGAGGCCCUUGAGAAGUUGUUGUCUAUUAAUGGCUUGAGUAUAUCUAGCAUUAGGGGGCAAGGGUAUGACGGAGCUAGCAAUAUGAGAGGUAAGUUUGGUGGUUUGAGAACUUUAAUCCAAAAUGAGAAUCCAUCUGCUUAUUAUGUGCAUUGUUUCGCCCAUCAACUUCAAUUGGCACUUGUUGCAUGUGCUAAGACUCACAAAGAUGUUAGUGGGUUUUUCGGUAAGGUCAAUAUGCUUGUUAAUUUCAUUCGAUCUUCUAAUAAGAGACAAGAAUUACUUCGGGACAAACAAGUAGCUCAGUUUGCUAAAUUGAUUGAAGAGGGCCAAAUAGAAACUGGUAGUGGGUUAAACCAAGAAUCAUCUAUUGCUAGAGCCGGUGACACUCGUUGGGGUUCCCACUUUAGGACUCUCACUAGUUUGAUGACUUUGUAUGGUGCCAUUAUUGGGGUACUUGAAGAAGUUGGAAAUGAUACGUCAUUUGAAAAAUAUGGUGAAACUAUGCUUUUGUUAGAUGUGCUUCAAUCAUUUGAUUUUAUCUUCAUGUUAUAUAUGAUGGUUGAGAUUUUAGGAUUUACAAAUGAUUUGAGUGUAGCGUUACAAAAUCGUGAUCAAGAUCUUUUGAAUGCUUUGUCACUUGUCAAUGCUACCAAACAAGAAUUACAAGAAAUGAGGAAUGAUGGAUGGGAAGAGCUUAUAUCUAAGGUUAUGGAAAUUUGCAAUAAGCUUGACAUUGAUGUGCCUGACAUGGAUGCAUCAUAUGUGCAAGGGAAGAAACCUAGGCGACAUGCUACAACUUCUAGUGUUUCUAAUUUGCAUCAUUAUAAGCAUGAUUGUUUGUUUAAUGUUUUAGAUUUGCAGUUGCACGAGCUCAAUGCUAGGUUUGAUGAAGAGAAUACUGAACUUUUAGAAUGUGUUUCAUGUUUGAGUCCUUCAUCGUCAUUUGCAGCUUUUGAUGUGAAAAAGUUAUUAAGGAUGGUUGAACUUUAUCCAAAUGAUUUUGUGGAUGUGUCGGAAGUGGUGAUGCGACAUCAACUUCAAAAUUAUGUUAGAAAUGUUCGAUGUGAUCCAAAAUUUGCAAAUUUAAAAGGACUUUCAGAUCUUUGUGCAAAAUUUGUGGAAACAAAUAAGUGCAACACAUUUGAUAUGGUUUAUAAGCUUUUGAAAUUGGCUUUAGUCUUGCCGGUAGCAACUGCAAGUGUGGAACGUGUUUUUUCAGCUAUGAAGUUUGUGAAGAGUCAAUUAUGUAACAAAAUGAGUGAUCAGUGGUUAAAUGAUCGUCUUGUAACUUUUAUAGAAAAAGAUGUUCUUGGAACAAUUAACAAUGAUGUUAUUUUAGCUCAUUUUCAAGAAAUGAAUGAUAGACGAUUUUCAUUGUAA